CUCUGAUGAAGUUGAUAACUUUGAAACCCUAAUUUUAGGGUUUUUUUCCCCAUUUUUAUUCUUAUUAUUAUUAUUUUUGGGGUUCGGGAAAAUAUCAUUUGGACUUUCGCGGGACGAAACUGCAGCACAAUACCGCGCCCCACGACCGUGGUUUCAAUGCAAGUGGCGAAUUACACACUCCCAGUUCUACGAUCGCCGCCGCAGAUCUAAACCCACUUCUUUCUUCCAUUGAUUUCGUCUUUGGCUUUGGCUUAUAGCCUUGGUUUAUGGAGGAAGCUUCUACAUCGCCGUUGCCGGCGGCGUUCCUCGAUUUCCUGAAGGCGAAUGGCCUGGACGCUUCCAUUUACGCUGCUACCGAUUCGACCCCUCGUUAUGUUAGGUUGAAGCCUGGUUAUGAAGCCGAUGUGGAGGAGAUAGAGGCUGAGAUCAAGUGCAAGCUUGAGCGAGUCAGUUGGCUGCCUGGAUUUUAUUCUCUUCCGCCUGAUGUGCAGAUUGCUAGCUCCAAUUCUUACAAGACAGGAAAGAUAUAUGGAAUAGAUGCAGCUUCCGGUGCCGCUGUUUCUGCUCUAGACAUUUUACCGGGCAAUCAUGUCCUUGAUCUUUGUGCUGCUCCCGGGGCCAAACUUUGCAUGAUCGUAGACCUUCUUGAUGGUUUGGGUUCUGUAACUGGAGUAGAUGUUUCACAGCAUCGUUUAGCUGCUUGUAGAACAUUGCUGCAAAAAUAUGCUCUUGGUGAUAUUUGCAGACUUUUUGUUGCUGACGGAACGGCAUUUGCUCUCAUUCCUGUGAAAGUUACUUCAGAAUCUAGAUUAGGUGAAUCUACACCAGAAGAUAGUUUGGACAGAUUGAAGGAGUGGACGUCGAGAAGAUCAUGGAAGGAAAGGAAAAAAGCAGCCAAAGCAAAACAAAACAUUGCUGCAGCAUUAGCUCAGAGGUGUCAAGAUCCAGAACUUAUCUAUUAUGGGCUGAAAUCCGGUGUGGUUGGGUUCAGUAAGAGUGAGAUAUACCGAAGCCCUUCAGAAAGUGAGAUAUUGAGCUGUGGGUAUGAUAGGGUCCUAGUAGAUGCUGAAUGCACUCAUGAUGGCUCUGUAAAGCAUAUACAGAAAUUUGAAAGUUGGGGUUGGACAUCUCUUCAGCGCAGAGUAUUAGAAGCUGAGAGGACAGACAAUUUGAGUGUACUUCAGUUAAGACUCCUUACCAAUGGUUUUAGGUUGCUGAAAGCUGGGGGGAUACUUGUGUACAGCACCUGCAGUCUGACCGUAGCACAGAAUGAGGAUAUUGUGGAACAGUUUCUCAAGGAUAAUGCUUCUGCUGAGUUGCAGGAGAUAGAAGGUGCCAGAAAUUGGCCUUGCAGGGGUGGAAGAAUACCAAAGACCCUACGCUUCGAUCCUCUGACAUCACAGACAAGUGGGCUUUUUGUAGCCAAGUUUUUGAAGUUGGCUAAAUAAAUGUGAGAAUCAUGGCCACAUAACUUAUCUUUUAGCGUAAUUGUGAAUUGUGAUAGUUUUCAAUUUGCUGUAUAUUGAUUCAGACGUGAAGUUCUGGCAGGGACAAGCCCGGUUGAAGCAGAUUGUAGUUGAUGUUUUAUUGUUCACCCUUGAGUUCUUUCAUCUUUCUCCAUGGGGGUGGAGAUUCAAAUUUACCUUUGUUUGUGAAUGGGAGGGCUUAAAAGGAAUGAGUUCAAAUCAUGGUGGCUACCUACUUAAGAUUUAAUAUUGUACGAGUUACCUUGACAAUCAAAUGUAGCAGGAUCAAGCGAAAAAAAAAAAAAAAACUCAUGUUUGAGAA